GCGCACAAGUGGUCCGCUUGUCAAACGGUCACCGCCAGCAGACGCGAAGAAACUCCUCCCUGCUGAAUACAGGCUCUCCUAGCGCAAUGGUCUCGUGGAUUAUUUCCAGGCUUGUGGUGCUCAUAUUUGGUACCCUUUAUCCUGCAUACUCGUCAUAUAAAGCUGUCAAAUCAAAAGAUGUGAGAGAAUAUGUAAAAUGGAUGAUGUAUUGGAUAAUAUUCGCACUGUUCACAACAGCCGAAGUGAUCACAGAUAUAUUCUUGUGCUGGCUCCCAUUUUACUACGAGCUCAAAAUUGCUUUCAUGGUGUGGUUACUUUCACCGUACACAAAGGGAUCCAGUGUGCUGUAUAGGAAGUUUGUCCACCCGACACUGUCCUCUAAAGAAAAGGACAUUGAUGAAUACCUGUGCCAAGCAAAGGACAAAAGUUAUGACACCCUGAUGCACUUUGGAAAGAAAAGUCUGAAUGUGGCCGCUACCGCUGCAGUGAUGGCUGCCUCUAAGGGCCAGGGUGUGCUAACAGAUCGCCUUCGGAGUUUCAGCAUGCAUGACCUGACCACCAUAGAUUCAGAGGGUCAGGCAAAUAGUUCAUCUUCAAUCAGCGCUCAGCCUGCAUCGGGUCAGCACAGAGCUCGCGCCAUGAUGCGCAGCAAAUCAGAGGCUGCCUACAGCAAGUGCCCAGAUUUUGACAUAACUGAGUUUGAGAUGUUGAAUGUGGAGCAAUGCGAUUCUGUGGAGCCUUCUUCCCAUCUGACUUUCAAACCCACUCCGAUACCAAGAUCCAUCAGCAAUCCAAGCCAGAUUCUUACACCCCCUGAGCCUUUCCAGGACAAAUCUGCACCCCCUUCAUCCGAGGCCCCAGAGGUGCCCAAGGACAAUGAAAAAGAGGGGGGCAUCCCAGCCAACUCACCUCAACUCGGACUGCCUAAAAGACGUGCCCCCGAGCCUCCUCCUAGAACUUUGAGACCCGUCACCAGAUCCAGAUCCAAGAACACCGUUUCAGCAAACCCUGAGGCCAUGUGACUGUGCAUACGCUGUGAGACUGCUUUUGCUGCCUUAGCUGCAACAUGAGGACACCGAAAAAAGAGGAGACAGAGUGUGUGUGUGUGUGUGUGUGUGUGUGUGUGUGUGUGUGUGUGUGUGUGUGUGCGUGCGUGCGGAAAGGGUAGGGUGGGGGGUAAAAGUACAGCGAUGCAGACAAAAGAUCAAAUAUUUAAAGCAGCCCUGUUCUUUAACAGGGUAACCAAAGCGACGUGUGACCUUAUAACGUCUGAUCUUUAACACCCGAUGAAUAAGUGUGUGUGUGUGUGUGUGUGUGUGUGUGUGUGUGUGUGUGUGUGUGUGUGUGUGUGUGUGUGUGAGGGCGUGGGGGGUUCCAUCGAGGUAGCACAUGUAUGUGGCACCAUUUGAAGACUCUUAAAUACUUAGCAGAUUCUGUUGUACAUAUUUACUGUAUGUGAAGAGCGUAUGUUUGCUUCCUAUUGUUUGUAAGACUGCGAGAGACAGAAGCAUGCAUGUCCCUCUGUCUGGUCCGUCAUGAGAGCGACGUUUGUCUUCGAGCACUAGGCAUUGUACAGUAGCCACUACGCUCACUGGAAAUGGGGAGGCACUGCAACGACUCUUCUGUGGACUUUUUUUUUAAGGCCAUUCAGUGCACUCGAAUGGAGCACAAGUGGGCACGACAUCAUCGUCCUCUCAGUGCACUGAUCACGUCGGUCCACUAACGCCUAUAAUUCUCUGCACAAAACUCCGAUUUUCUGCAGACAAAUGUUGAUUUGCAAAAGAGACUUCUACACGCAGGCUUGUACUCCAACCAAAAUAAUUGUAUGUUCAAUUGUGAUAUUAAUCGUGUAUAUUUAAAGUCAUUUACCGGACAAAUGUGCAAUGAGGUAAGAUUUCAGUUGACUCUGUGAAACAAUGUAUUUCAAACUGAGCCACACUGGAGACAUUUCACCCCUGACUGCUGUUUCUUUAUUCAUGCUGUUGUCAGAUCAUGUGAUGAGGCAUGCUACAUGAUUAAAAUGAAAGAAGGAAAGAAAAAAGAAUGAAAGACAACUGAAAAUACAUCAGAUUGGUCAUUUAUUGUCAUACUUAUUUAUCCAAGGAAAUUCAUGACCAUUUUGAGUAGCAUCAUUUACGCAUUUCACAGUUGUGGACAAGCAUAAUCAUUUUAUGUAAAUGUUGUUUUAGUUUUUGUUCUUUCUUUUAGAAUCUGUAGCUUUUAUUUUAGUUAAAAGAAUUUAUGGUUCACUUUUCUUAACUUUGAACCCUGCAUGUAUUCUCACAAAUUCUUAACAACCUCAAUGUUUUUUUUUGUUUGUUUUAUUUUCAUACCAGUCUGGAGUCAGUAUUACUGCAUUUAUGUACACUAGCGCUCGAUGUCUGCACUGUUCAGAAUUCUAAUGCUGUGAGUGCUCUAACAUAUACACUAGAUGGCACUUUAUUCACUGAGCAUACCUUCCCCACACGUUUAGCCAUACGGGUUGCCAGGUAUCAUUUCAACCUCAGAACACUGUGUAGUCAGACUGCAAUACUUUAUUAAGAAAUUUGAGUUGGUCACAAUGCAAGAUGACCACUGCUUAAUAAAGAAUGCUGGGAUCGUACACUCAAAGUCCCACUAACGCUGAUGUACUGAAUUGCACGGCUACUACUGUUUCACGUUAAGAAAACUUUAACAGAGAAAAGGGUGUCUAUCAGAUUGAAAAUAUGAUGUAUGAUGACAAUCUUAUUGAACCUUUUUCCUCUUAAAGAGAUCAGGUAGCAAAAGCCCAUGUUGUCUCACUGCAACACAGAGAGGAAAUGUGUUUUUUUUUUUUUUUGGGUGUUUUUGCUUUUAUGUUUAUGUUUUUAGAUAUCUUUCUCAGGUACAGUUUGUUCCAUCCUACCACAUUUAAUCAAACUUUAAGCAUUAAAGAUGAAAUGAUUAGAGGACAAACCUAAAGGGUGUGGAAACAACUAAACUUGUUUACAUAAAAAAGUAAACAAAGUAUUUACACUGAAGACAGUGACUGGUUAAGUUGAUGAGAUCAAAAAUUAAUUUGAGGAGCCGCCAACCAGGGUCAUACUCACAUCACUUUGGAAGAAACAGAACAUAAACAUGCAUGAAAUAUACUCUGUCGUAUGUUCUGUACACGUUACCGUUUUAAUUGCUCUGUGUGAAUCAUUGUCAGGAUUAUCUGAUGCUACGUUCAUUUAAAAGUUAUUACAGUUUUUGAACGUUGUUUCAGGAGUUAGUCAUUAAAGGCACAUUAUCCUUAAAACAAGACAACAACAAGAAACAGGCUAUUUGAAAUCUCAGUGUCUUGAUAAGCCUUUUACUGUUGCGUCUUUCAUAUUGUUAUGUAAACCUUAACAAGGUUAUUUUUUGAUCGGAAUUUAUUUUUAAAACUGUUCAUCACGAGGACACUCCUGCUUCAUUACACAAACGAUAUCUGAGCAUAAUUAGUCCUGAUUCAAGGACAGGAUGUGCCUUUAAAGACUAUUAUUGUUUUUUUUUUUUAUAUAUUUCUUACUGAAAUUAUGUAUUCCUUUUUUUUUUUCGUUAAAACUCCUUGGAAGUGGUGGAAAUAAAAGGAAAAUGUGGCUAGGGAUAAUGUGACUUCAUAAGGGUGAAUGGACAUUGCUUUCCUCCUACUGAACCUCACAGCUUGCAGUUAAAAGAAAGAAAAAAAAGAUGUACUACAAAAACACAGCUCUAGUGUCUGGCAGGCCAGAAAAUCUCUCUUACAUUGUUGAAUAAUGUGUGGAAAAGGAAACCAAAAUGGUCUGAUCUCUGUCACAAACCCUUCGUAUGGAUCUGAAGGGCUGCUACUAUCAGUUAUUAAAGGGAGAAAGAAUA